AUGACACGUGACGCGUCCGAGAUGGUCAACGCUGACUUCAUUGACGCUAUAGCCGAUAUCAGUCGCGAGCUUGAAGACCUUUACGACGCCAAACCAGACUUCCCAAGCCGAGUAUGGUCGCAUUUCUCGUCGAUCUUCGCGUCAAAAGACGCGUUCUCUGAAAUACCUAGCAUUCAUGCGAUCAACCCAAUCCACACCGACAGAAAACUCGUCAAAGGUCGUUUCAUGAUCCAAGACACAAGUCCUUCUCCAGAAAUGUACCUCGCCCAUCGCAGUGAGGGCAAAUGUGGGGGCUGGGGCCUUGCUGACGAUAUCCCAAACUCGGGUGGCGAGAUUUUAGAAGAGACGCGUCUCGAUUUACGCGAGAAUGUCGUUGUUUGGGCAGUCCAAAUCCCACAUGAAAGUGACUGGGUCGGCACAGAGAUCGACGGGCCAAACAGCAAGUUCAAGUUUCUGGUAUUAUGUAAUUCACGUCUAACUCUUCCAAUAGCUACUCACUUUACCGAGCCCCAUGUUCCUGAGACUCAUCCGCACAAAUUCCCCACACGAGCAAGACAUCUUGGGGUCCAAGUCAAGAUCUACGACACCAUUCGGGGGGAGUCCCUCAAGUCCACAGAGAUUUAUACGCUCGUUGGAAUCUACACAAUGGAACAAAUGACCGGGGAACUAGAUGCUCCAGGCCCAAUCUUGGUUCCAACUCUACACGUCCUCUUCUUUCAACCACUAACAACUACUCUUGUGCCCCGUACGUUUCCAUACUACACCGAUCUUUCAAAAUCGGAGGCUCUGCGCGAAGAACUCAUCGCCUGGAUCUCAAAAGAAUCGCUCGGCGGCGACAAGCACGUUGCCGAGUGGGUCUUGUUGGCCACAAUAGCACGAGUGCAAUCUAGGUCGCCUCCAUUACUGCCUCCUUCACUAACGAUCUCAAAAUUCCCUUCUCCUUCUGGGGAGUUCAAAACCCCAAAGCUGUUAGCAGUUUUGUCGCAACUCUUCCCGAUGGUAGACGCGCUCCCUCUUUCUCUGGACACCAUCAAUCACUCCUCCUUCUCGCCUGAAUCGAAGAAUGAAGACUUGCACAGUGGCCGCCUCCAGCUCCCACGUGGCAGUAUUUGUGUUGUAACCGAAGGAGGUGUCACAGAAGGAGGUAUCGUCGAGCGGGGCGUCAUGAACAUCCGUGCGCUUCAAGUCGCCAUGACCUCUCAGACCUUGGAUUAUGUCUUCCCGUUCAGUCGGUUCUCCUUCGAGACUGAUAUUGCGUUUCUCGUGCUCGCAGAAGGAAGAAAGAGCACAUUCUUCCAGACACAUAGCACUGUGCCUCUCCAACAUGACACAUCGAGCAACCUUUAUGGCCCUGCCGAAUCGAUCAAUCUGCCCAGUCUCCAGAAACUGGCUCUCUUCAGACAACUCGUGGGAGGGGCCAAAAUCGGCAAUGUGACUGUUGAGCAGGCGGUUGCUGAGCAUAUCCAAGAGGAUUUUGUCUCAGAGAGGAAAGCGACAAGUGCUACUGCAGAGACAGUGACUUCUGAGGAUCUCAUCCAUCGCAUGACAGUCGCUAGGUUGAUAGCAAUGUCGAUGCACCAAACUACAAUAUCCCUCGACGUUUGGAAGCGUGUCAAAUGGUUGGAAGCAGCGAGAAAAGCACGUCUGGAUGUCAUAGGAGAACCUAAAACCAGCUAA